AUGGAAGAUUUCACCAUCCUCACCACCUCACCAUCUCAAAUGCACCAUGAUCAGUACAAAGUACUCACCAAGACCUCGCCCUGGAUCCAGGCCCAGAAUCAGCACCACUUUCUCCCCCAGAGCUCGCUGCUUGAAUUCGAAAUCGUCUUUGCGCUGCCCGCACGGGCUCAGGGGACAGAACAGCCCCCAAUCACCCCGGACCCUGUCUUCAACCUACGCAGCACCUAA